AAAUAUUUCCACUCGAUAAGACCAUCGUGAUUGCCGUAAAAGUGUGUGAACUCCGGAAACAACCACAGCUCCGCCAUUGACCCCCCGCCAUAAAAAUUAUAUUCACCUUCAAAACUCAAAUCACACUUUCAUCUCACACACAUACACAUACUUAUAUAUACUUAUAUACGUAUAUAUACUACAGUAAUAUACAUCAAUGAUGGGAUUUGAGAAUCAGGGCUUUGAAGAAGCCCAACGUGAAGAAAUGGAAUCACUCGUUCUUAACGACGAAGACGAUAAUAACAAUAAUAAAGAUCACGAUGAUAAUAGUCCGUUAUCCAGAUCUAACGGUAACAGUAACGGAGACGGUAAUUCAAGUCAUCAUCCGUUAUCCUCACCGUUACCUUUUGCUGAAAUACCUACUUCCGAUUAUAAUGAUAACGAUCCGUUAUCAUCUCCGUCAAACCCUAACUCUUUCAAUUCCUUCCUUGAACCACCGUCUUACGCCGAUGCAGUUUUCCGAUCGUUUGACGGCAACCACGGGAAACAAGUUAACGGUUACGGCGGCGUGUCCACGUCAUCUAGUUCGGAAAAUUCGGAGUAUGUGAAGAUUUCGGUUACGGAUCCACAAAAGGAGCAGGAUCUGAAUAAUUCGCUUGUUCCUGGAGGUAAUAAUUUUGUUACUUAUUUGAUUACUACUUGGACGAAUUUACCGGAAUUCAAUGGAACUGAGUUUAGUGUUCGGAGACGGUUUAAAGACGUCGUGACGUUAUCUGACCGGUUAUCGGAUUCAUAUAGAGGUUAUUUUAUACCGUUAAGGCCCGAUAAGAAUGUUGUUGAGAGUCAGGUUAUGCAGAAACAGGAAUUUGUUGAGCAGAGGAGAAUGGCAUUGGAAAAGUAUUUAAGGAAGUUAGCUUUGCAUCCUGUGAUUAGGAAAAGUGAGGAGUUGAGAGUGUUUUUGCAGGUGCAAGGGAAAUUGCCGUUAAUGAAGACGACUGAUGUGGCUUCCAGGAUGCUCGAUGGAGCGGUGAAGCUGCCAAAACAGUUGUUUGGGGAGUCUGUUGUGAGUGCGGCUGUUGAUCCUAGUGAUGUGUCGCAACCUGCGAAAGGUGGGAGGGAUUUGUUGAGGUUGUUUAAGGAGUUGAGGCAGUCGGUUACGAAUGAUUGGGGUGGGACAAAGCCGCCGGUUGUGGAAGAGGAUAAGGAAUUUUUGGAAAAGAGGAAGAAGUUGCAGGAUUUUGAGACAGAGUUGAGUAAUGUAUCUCAGCAGGCUGAAUCUCUUGUUAAAGCUCAGCAAGACAUUGGAGAGACACUGGGCCAAUUAGGACUAGCAUUUGUCAAACUAACAAAGUUCGAGUCUGAGGAAGCUAUGUUCAACUCUCAAAAGUUGAGAGCUGCAGACAUGAAAAAUGUGGCUACUUCUGCUGUUAAAGCCAGCAGGUUGUACCGGGAGUUGAAUGCACAGACUGUCAGACAUUUGGAUAAGCUACAUGAAUACCUUGGAGUGAUGUUAGCCGUGAAUAAUGCAUAUGCAGAUCGGUCAAAUGCUCUGCUUACUGUACAAACUCUUCUAUCAGAGCUGUCAAAUUUAAAUGCUAGGAUUGAAAAGCUUGAAGCAGCUGCAUCCAAGAUAUUUGGUGGUGACAGGUCUAGAGUUAGGAAAAUUGAGGAGUUGAAAGAAACCAUGAGAGUUACUGAUGAAGCUAAAAAUUGUGCAGUUAGAGAAUACGAACGUAUAAAGGAGAAUAAUAAGAAUGAGCUCGACAGACUGGACAAAGAAAGACAUGAUGAUUUCUUUGGCAUGUUGAAAGGAUUUGUUGUUAACCAGGCAGGAUAUGCAGAGAAGAUGGCAAAUGUGUGGGAAACAGUGGCGAAUGAAACAAGUGGAUACGCAAAAAGCUCUUUAGGGUGAACUAGGUUUUGUGAGCUAUGUUAUGGGUUAAUUUUCCUAAUAACAUCCUCGUGUACCUUUUUAUGUAUAAUUCAAGACUCAAGAUAGAUUAUCUUACAAACAAUUUUACAAAUUGCCCUCCUUUUUACCAACCCCAUUUUAUUUGACAGAUUGGUAAAUUUAUGACGUCAAUAACUCAUAAUUGUGACUCCGAUUUGUUGUUUUUUCUUAAUUAAUGCAUUGGCUUUCAACUUUGGAUCC